CGAAUGAAGUUUUAUAUGAAAGAUCGCGCGUUGUUUGAAAUCUUGCAGCCUUGGUUACUUUACAAGUUUUAUCGGCCUACUGCAUUAAAUGCAGUGCAUUUAACUCUGAUUAUUUAUCUGCAAGGUUAUUUUCUGUGGUUAAAUUUCCAAUUUAUUAUUUCAAUUGUUUUAAGUUUUUCAGUUGUCAAAGGUUUUACAAUGGGAGCCUCAGUUGCUGUUUUGGUAAUAUUCACAGCUUUUUGGGCCGCAAUUGGUGGUGUUGUUCCUAUGUUUAUACCUAGAUCAUCUGACAGAGGAGUGAUUCAAACAAUGGUAAUAAUGACUGCGGUUAGCUGUUACGCACUUUGGCUAUUCACUUACAUGGCUCAGAUGAAUCCAUUGAUUGGUCCACAACUUACAGGACUAACUCAAACGAUCGUCAGUAAAAAUUGGUGACAUUUUCUGGUUUGCUUUGAUCUUCACAAUGUUCGAUUUAUUCAAGUCUACCAAAUGUAUUGCUAUUUAUGCUGCGCUACCCUCAAUCGAACAAUUUUUAUCUACAUUUCAAUAGGCAUCGAUUAUCCAGUGCAAGUGUAAUGUAUUUCAAGUUCACGAGAGCCAAA